AGUGGGCUUAGCUUUAGUUUAGAGUCACUCCUGGGCUGCUGAUCCGGCCCUCGGCGUGGAGGUUUUCUCCGCCGACGGACUCCCCUCCCCUCCCCUUCCUUCCGCCGCCAUCCAUGGCUCUCCGCCGCGCCAUCGGAUCCCUCGCCGUCCGCUCCCAGGCAUCAUACUGCCUCCGCCGCGCCGCCGCCACGCCUCCUCCGCCACCGCCUCCGUACCUCUGCCGCCCGGUCACCGUCCCCCGCCGCUCCUUCGCCGCUCCGCCGCAGCACGUCAAGAAGGUGUUCAAGGACGCCGACGACGACGCCGGGCACCGGCUCAACAACGACAUCACCGCCCCCUUCCUCCGGCUCGUCACCGACGGAGGGCAUGAUGUUGUCCCCCGGCACGAGGCGCUGCAGAUGGCCGCCAGGAUGGGGUUGGACCUGGUCGAGGUCGACCGGAAAUCGAACCCUCCGGUUUGCAAGAUCAUGGACUUCCACAAGGAGAAGUAUAACAAGGAUGUCCAGCAGAAACAGCGCCUGAAAACCAAGUCUGCUAUUGCUUUGCGUGGUGGUGAUAUCAAAGAAGUGCGGUUUAAGGCGAAAACUGAAAUUAAAGACAUGAAGGUGAAAGCAGAUGCAAUUACCAGGCUGAUGGAGCGUGGAUACAAGGUGAAGUGCAUGGCGAUGCCCGCAGGUAACGAAGCAGAAGAUUUAGGCGGACCGCUAUCUCGGUUAUUAGGACUGAUACAAGAUGUCUGCACUGUGGAAAGCGGUCCGCAUUUGGACUCGAAGCAUGCAUAUGUUAUUGUCAGGCACGUGAAGUUUGCAACCAAGAAAGGUGGAAAGAAAGCAAGCCAGGCCAUAGAAGACGCAAGCAAAGGCACCCCCCACGCCGCUACCUCCGAAUCGUCAGCCACUAGCGCUGAUAGCGGGGAUGAGACAAACGAACAUGGUCUGGAAGCUGAGGAUCCCCAUGAAUCUUCAGCGCAAAAGGAAGGGAAAGAUAGAGAGUUUAGAGGCAACAACCGCGGUAACUUGGACAAGAGCAUGGGUGCUGCAGGAAACAGGAUUCGCCCUGGUCCGGGGGGACCCCAAUCAUCGCAACCUGGACUUGGUUCCAGGAGUGGAAAUUCUCAGCAAGAGCAGACUAAUAAUCAAGGCAUUGUACCCGAGCAAACCAACAGGUAUGCCAGCCGUAAGCAGCAGACCGGAGGUGACAACCAAGUUAGACCACCGCAGCAGGACCCGAGAAGAGGUGAACAUGAAGGCCGCUAUCAAAGGCCUCCUUUGGAACAGCCUAGUCCGUCGCCGCCAAGGUUCAACCAAGGAAGACCCCCACAGCAAGACCCGAGAAGAAACGAGAACGAAGACAGGUACCGGUUCAAGGACAACCAAAGGCCACCUCUGCAACAGCCUGGCCCGCCGCCCCCAAGGUUCAACCAAGGCAGCAGACCCCCACCGCAGGACCCGAGGGGAAACGAGAGAGGAACCCGUGUCCCACCGUAUAACAGCCAGCAGCCCCAGUUCCAGCAAUCGAAUCCGAAUGCCGAGCCAUCAGCAGGGAACCCUGCCUCGACAGCAGCCAGGAGUGUGGGCGUAUUCAGCAGCCGGAAGCCAGCCACGGCAUCGGAGCCGAAGAAGACGGUGGACGGUAAGCCUGCCGAUACGACCGGACCGGCGAAAAGCUUUGGAAUAUUCAGUAAGCCUAAAAAGGGAUUGUGAAAAGCUCGUGAGAAUGAAUGAGGUGGGCGGUGAUGCUUGCGAAGAAUGAUACUAGGUUUUUUCGCGGUGGCCGUCUAUUUGAGAAUGUUUGCAUUGAGAUUGCCGGUGCUUACACUCGGUCUUUUACGCAUGAUGAAGCUGGUGGUGCCAUGUAAUCUUUGAGGUCAGGAGCACUGAUCUGCUUGUCUAUCAUCAAGUAGUAGCACGGUAACACCAUUUUGUUUUUAUCAUUUAUUUGGCCUACAUAAAUAAUCAGUGAGCCUCAUUAUUGGAUGAACCAAUGCAGUGUCUGGUGUGUGUCACAGCUAUUUUUGACCCAUCUACCAAUACUUGUUGAAA